UAACGUGUCACAAAUUGUUAGCAAAACGUAUGUGCUAUUCCCUUUCAUUGUACCUAAAUCAUGAUUUGUAGUAAACGUCUAGUUAAAUCAGAAAAACAAAGAAAGUUGCUGAAAUACGUCCGGAACAACGACAUAAAAGCCAUAGUAAAGCUUCUAAAACACAACAAUGAGUUACUCUGGGUUGAAUAUCACCACCCCUUCGACAAUCAAAACAUUUUUAUAAUCGCCUGCAACGAUGGCAAUUCCAUGCACGACGUCAAAGGUGCAACGAUUUCGACUUUAAUUGAUUUAGGAGCGAAUUAUACCCAACCGACCAAAAACGAUCAUUGGGAAGCGAUUCAUUAUGCGGCUGUAAAUGCAAACGCCGAGAAACUGCAAGCAAUAGUUCAACAUCUCACAGUUCAAGAAGCUAAUUCAUUAGUGUAUUGUUCCAAACAUGUGCCAAGCAAAUACCCGUUUAGGCAAGACAAGACUUAUUUCAAGAGUUACUCAAAUAAUGCCUUGAGUGUUAUUUUGAAAUAUGGAAAACGAAGCGAAACGUUUUACGAGUGUUGUCAAUUAUUAAUCCAGAAAGGUGUCAAUGUUGAUCAGGUUGACUCCAAUGGAUUAAAACCACUGGAUUUGAUAAAAAAAGACAAGAGAUUAGUCGCAAUUUUUGAAGAGUGUAACAAAUGUGAAAAAUUUUGCCAAGUGAAAAACACAUUUGAGUUGGCAAAACUCAGACAAGUUGAAGAAUUCUUAAAACUAGACUUGAGCAAAGAAGAAGCCAACGAUGUUGAUGGUAGUGAUGAAGCUUUUUCCAGUUGUACUCUCCUCCAAUUGUGUUGUGCCAAAGGACUGACUUCUUGUGUUAAACACCUCUUAGACAAAGGGGCAAACCCCAACAAAACUUUCGUAAAAAACACAAAUUCGCCAAUUAUGAUUGCAAUCAAAGAAGAUCACGAAGAUAUAGUUAGACUACUUCUAGAAAACCCAGAUUUAGUACUGCCUGAAGACAUUCUAAUCAAAUUACAAAUCAAAUACAAGAAUGUCAAGAAUUUUGCCCGAAUUGAUAAAUACAUGGAAUUGGUUUUGAAACACUUGCACAAAUAUGACAAGUCAAAACUUUCGAAAUAUUUAUUAGCCAAGGAUGAACUCAACCGAACUGCUCUUCACUACGCUACUCAUUAUAGAUGCUCUGAAAAUAUUCUUGAAUUGCUGUCAUUGGGGGCCCCCUUGACGGAAAAAGAUCUUUUCGGAUUCACUCCAAUGCAUUCGAUUGAGGCCAGUGUUUUGGAGCAGUUUUUCGACAAUUGUAUAAAUGUUCCCAAAAAUGAGAAAGAUAUCGAUAACAUGCUUUACGAACUGCGGAACAAGAAACAAAAAUUUGCGAUUGAAAUUAACUACGAGUCUCUGAUUGGAGUUAAUGGUGAGAGUGACGUACACGAAUCCGAAUUUCUUGACCAGUUGGUUAAAUUGAAAAAUUUGACGUAUCUUUUGAACCAUCCUGUAAUAUCGAGCUAUUUAUCUGUGAAGUGGCGUCGAUUCAGAUGGGCGGUUUAUGUGAAUUUAUUGUUGUAUUUUAUCGCAUAUGGAUCUCUUUUAUUUUACGGAUUUGCUUAUUCAACUUAUUCUACGACGUCUAAUAGUUUAUUAAUAGUUUCGGUUGAUUUGAUGUUCAUGCUUGAAUUUUUACAAAUGUUGAUUUUUCGUACCGAUUACAUCAAACGUGUGGAAAAUAUCAUCGAUAUUAUUCUAAUCGCAGGAGUUGUAUACAUUAUUGCAGCCGGUUGGUUUGAAACUUUACUUAAUCAGAAUUUACGAGUCGCUUUUUCAAUCGUUUUUCUUACUUCGACUUUGGGCAUUUUUAUGCAAUUGGGAAAUCUUCCAUUUUUCACGGUCAAGGUUAUUAUUCUCAAACAAAUCUGCAUUAGUUUUUGCAAAUAUAUGAUUUUUUAUGUGUUUCCAGUCAUGGCUUUCUUUUUCUGUUUCUACAUGUUGCGUGAAACUGACGAGGAUGUUUUCUUCCAAACACUCUACGAUGUGACUACGAUGUUUGCCGGUGAUCCGGAUUCAAAUUACCCUCAACAAUUUUCAACAAACCCCAUUUUCAGCCACAUUAUUUAUGUUGUGUUUAUUGUUUUGAUAGGGAUUAUUUUGCAAAAUUUAUUAAUUGGUUUGGCCGUCAGUGACUUGCAAGAAAUUCAAAAAGAAGCUCAAUUUAUUGAUAAAAAAGAACGGGCGCACUAUAUCACAAAUAUUGAGAGAGUUAUUUUUGGAAAAUACCGAGAGUCGUCUUAUAAAAUUUGUAAAAGGUUUUUUAGGAAAUUGCUUCGGAUGUGUAAUGUUUUUACAAAAGAUCGGGUUUUAGUCAUACAACCGUAUAAUUACGGAUGUGUUUAUGUAAAAGAUAAUCCGGGAAAUAAACAAUACAUUCGUGAUCAAACUAUUAUCGAUUUACUGCAAAAUAUCUUUAAAGAUUUAUUUCUUAACAAGAAUCAGGAAACUGAAGCCCCCUAUUCUUUGAAGGUGAUCUACGAUAGACUUCAAAGAAUUGAGUAUUUACUCGAAAAACUUGAUCUGGAUGAAUUAUUGAAGAAAUAAAAAUUAUU